UUUGUGUCUUUGCAAAAUUUCUAAAGUAUCGAUAUUUGAAGUAGAUUAUGCCGGCACAGGAAACUGUAGCCAUGCGGUACACAUUUCGCACUUACUGGCAAUAAUAAGGCAUAUCGCAUUAAGUCGUACAGUAAACUUUAUACUUAGGAGAGUGUCCCGGCGUUGUUGUUGCUGUAUCAGGCUAUCGUAAGCGAGACAUGCCGUUCAUGCACACGACUGCAACAAUUGCAUUUUUCGUAGAGCCUUCCUUAUUUCUGCAUUCCCUUGUACAGAUAUUGUGGUUUCUCUGCACCUCCAUUCCUUUCCUACCGCCUAUCACAUGUAUGGAAGCUCCAUACUUAUGAACGCCGGUAGGAAGGGAGUGUUAUUCGUAUUCACGACUGCGGGCAGAAUCAGCAGGGCGAAUGAAAUGGAUACUUUCGCCAUAAUUAAUACUGAAAGCCAGUCGGACGAAGUAACUUUUCGUAUCGGCGCUAAGGAAAUGCUAAUCACGACGAGUCGGCAACGACUGUCAUCCUUAUCCCCUUAUUUUGCUGCCAUGUUCGGAGCCGGUCGGUUCCAAGAGCGAUCGCUCGUCAUCAUCGAACUUCCGGUACCCCCAUUUUCUAAUGCCAAGUCGGUUGUCCAAAUUCUGCAUCCGGACUGGAAUAUGGAAACGUUCAUUAAAGGGCUUAAUAAAAACAACGUGCUUUUCCGUCUAGCCGCUGCUGAUUAUUACCAGAUGGAAUCUGUCAGUGCAGUUUGCGCGCAGUUCAUUAAAGAUUUCGGAGUCACUGUGGCGCGGUGUCUGCGACUACUUCAGUUUAGCGUAAGGAAUCCGGGAUACGAUUUAUCAAAGAAAAUAUUAGCACAAACUGGCAACAUGUUUCCGGUUUUACGGAAAUCAUGCGAUUUUGUAUUACUGAGAGCAGAUGACUUGCAGCUGAUUUUACGGCAACCAUUCCUAAUUUGUAACUGCGAAAUGGAUGUUUUCGAGGCGCUUUGUUCAUGGAGUGAAAGCCACAAGAACACCGACGUACACAGCUUAAGUGGGCUCCUCGAUGAAAUCCGUUGGUACACCUUCUCCGAAAAAGAAAUCCAGGAGUGUUUGAGAACGAUGAAAGAAAUUUUUUCCGAUCACGGCGAUUUCUUGUCUCGCUACUUUCUCAGUAUUUCCGCCGUCGUGAAUCCUGUUCCUCGCGAGAGAAACAAGCACCAGUGCCUGUAUGUUGUUGUAUCGCGGCCGAGACGUCGCGGUCGCAAUCCGGGAGGCACAAUCUACGAACUCGACUUAUCUUUGCAAACUGUGCGAUCGGAGGCGUGGCCAUAUGAUCCAGUCAAUCAUUUCGGACUGCUUCAUCCAGCACACAAAUUUGCUGCUGAUGUCGUGGUAAUCAAUGAAAUCGCUUACGCCAGUAUCCAAAACGCUAAAGACGAAUACGUUUUGCUACGCAAACUGGAACGUCGCGACCGGUCAGGAGCAUUUUUCCAACUGGGUGCAGCACUUGAUACAGACAGCUGCUGCUUUAAGGGGCAGAAUGAGCGCUGGUAUAUGAAAGGUUUCGAUGUAAUUUCUGAGGGUAAACAUUACCAGUUCAACGAUGAAGGCAACGAGCUCAGUGUCCAUGAUGUCGGUGAUCCAGGUAGCAAAAGGCUACUGCCGUUCCCACCAUUCGAUAUUAUUGGACAGGGUUCGCCAAAUUUAGUAGAAUGCUGCGGCAAUAUUUUCCUGCUGACUGGGUACCAUUUCGCGAAAUUUGACAGAAUUUCUCUGCAAUGGACGGAAUAUGCAACACCAGCGACACUGCGCUCACAUGCAGCGUUGCUCGAGAUGGGCGGAUAUUUGUAUGCCGUAGGUGGAAGUCUCGUCAAUCCGGCGGGUCCGGAAUUCUUUGAAGGACCGCAGAAGGCGUCCCCGCAAUGUGACCGGUUCAAUUUGCAAACAGGCAGCUGGGAACCGGUAGCGCCGAUGAACUGUCCACGAUUUGGUCAUAACCUGCACAUUGUGGAUGGCCAGUUGGUGGCCGUUGGAGGUCUUCAAAGGAGUAGCUGUACGUCCGCGUCGUAUCCGGUGGAGCGAUAUAAUGUGGAGAGAACUGAGUGGAUUGGAGGGGAACUAGGGUUAUCUAGUGUGCAAGAUUUGUUGCGGAUAGGUUCAAGUUUUGUUUUGGAAGCAGCUUGUUUUCCGUAAGAACAGCUAUAGAGCACCAUGCACUAUGCAGUGAACAAAGAGGCUCCAUUUAGUACUCCUGUAAGUGAGUUGGAGCACAGAUAUAUCACAUGCAAACUAAUAAUA